GAUGGAGCCUAUUAGCAUUUACAGAAAGUUGAGAAUACGUAUAAACAAUGGUUAAAUUUGAUUGGCAGGUUAUUUCUUAACAACAAAAUAACUUAAAACAUUUAUAAUUUAGAAAUAUGCUAUUUUGAUUGUAUUUACUUUAAAAAAAUAAGUAUAUUUAUUUUUUCUAAAUAUUCUAAAUAUGUUAGAGAAAACUCAUAUUAACAUUCACAUUUUAUUUAACGUUAAACUGCAUUAAUUAAUUUCUUAUGUUCACUUGAAAAUACGUUUAGUUUGGGUUUGAGUGUUUAAUCUAUUAUAAAUAUGAGACAAUAUUUCAUUCUAAAAUACCAGAUACAAACAUUUUAAUAUAUUAUAUUAAUAACAUUUGCCACUUAUUUCGAAAACAUUGGCACAAUGGCUCACACUUCUUCCCGAACUACUAUCGUAUUCAUUGUUGCUGCUUUGAUUUGUGCGUUCGUUCCUGCAUUCUCUGUUGAAGAAGCUGAAGCAAAAUCACUAUGGGAUACAUGUCUUCUUAAAAUCAGUCCAAAAUGUGCGUUGGAUAUAAUUGGUGUUGUCUUUGAAAAUUUAACCAUCACUGAUGCAUGUUGUCAUGAUCUUGUUCAAGAAGGAAAAAUGUGUCACGAUACUCUUAUCAAAUAUAUUGCUGAAAAGCCGCAUUUAGUUGCCCACGAAACAGAGUAUUUGAAGAAAAGUGAUGAUUUGUGGACUCAUUGUGUCUCAAUUUCGCAAACUGCUUAAAAAUAUGUUAUGCUUGUAUUGAUCUGAUUAACAGAAUUUUUAUUUAACUAUCGUUAAAUUUUAUUUGAUCAAAAAUUGUAGAUCAAACAAUAUGCAAUAUAAAGCGACCAUCAAGUGAAUCUCAAUCUAAAUGAAUCAAUUCAAAUAUUAACUCAAUUGACAAACAAUGGGCUAACUAUACAAGAUUGUUAAACUAAUAACAAGACAUAUAUGAAUAAUUUCAAGCAAUAUUGUUUAAUUAGUUUGAUUUAACUUAUCUUUAAUUUUAAAAAUUAAUUUUCAACUACGAUGUCAAUCAUUAUUUUUACAUAACCUGAAAAUUAUCUUGGAUAAUUUAAAACAAGAAGCUAAGAAAAUAUCUAAUGUUUCACCUUUGAAACCUUUGAGUUUAGUAGUACAUGCUCUAAUAUAAUAGCUUGGAAAAAAAAACUAUUUCGAAUACUCAUGUUGUUGACGAUUUUGUAAAUACGGUGAGUUAUAAAGAAAACAAUGAGUCUGGAUCUAAUCACGCAAAAGAACAAUAUCCUAUGACUAGUAAGUAGAUAAUAACUUAUGCCAAUGAUAUUUGGAUGGAGCGUAUGGAUUUGAGUUUUAGAUCCAUAACAAAAAAUUUGGAAACAAAAUUGUGCACAUUUUUUGUUUCAUUUAUUACAAUUUGUAGAUUUGGCUUCAAAUUUUUUAAUAGAUUACAACCCUUUAAUUUUGGCAAAUUAAAUGUUUAACUCAAAUAUUGUUUUUUCGUUAGUUCCAAUUUCAUUUCUAUGAAAUUAUAUCUAUUUAAUCUAUAAAUUAUUUUUGGUUCAGCUAUAGAAUUUGUUUAGUAGUAAAUUCUUACAAAAUAAGGAUAUGUGAUAUAGGACAAUCCAUACUCGAAUAAAUUCACAUUUUUAAACCCAAAUUUCUGUAAAAUGAUCGACCCUAUUAGCAUUUACAGAAAGUUGAGAAUACGUAUAAACAACGGUUAAAUUCAAUUGGCAGGUUAUUUCAUAACAACAACAUAACUUAAAACAUUAAUAAUUUAGAAUUAUGCUAUUUUGAUAGUAUGUAGUUUAAACAAAUAAGUAUAUUUAUUUUUUCUAAAUUUUCUAAAUAUGUUAGAGAAAACUCAUAUUAACAGUCACAUUUUAUUUAACGUUAAACUGCAUUAAUUAAUUUCUUAUGUUCACUUGAAAAUACGUUUAGUUUGGGUUUGAGUGUUUAAUCUAUUAUAAAUAUGAGACAAAAAUUUCAUUCUAAAAUACCAGAUACAAACAUUUUAAUAUAUUAUAUUAAUAACAUUUGCCACUUAUUUCGAAAACAUUGGCACAAUGGCUCACACUUCUUCCCAAACUACAAUCGUAUUCGUUAUUGUUGCUUUGAUUUGUGCGUUCGUUCCUGCAUUCUCUGUUGAAGAAGCUGAAGCAAAAUUACUAUGAGAUACAUGUCUUCUUAAAAUCAGUCCAAAAUGUGCGUUGGAUAUAAUUGGUGUUGUCUUUGAAAAUUUAACCAUCACUGAUGCCUGUUGUCAUGAUCUUGUUCAAGAAGGAAAAAUGUGUCACGAUACUCUUAUCAAAUAUAUUGCUGAGAAGCCGCAUUUAGUUGCCCACGAAACAGAGUAUUUGAAGAAAAGUGAUGAUUUGUGGACUCAUUGUGUCUCAAUUUUGCAAACUGCUUAAAAAUAUGUUAUGCUUGUAUUGAUCUGAUUAACAGAAUUUUUAUUUAACUAUCGUUAAAUUUAUUUGAUCAAAAAUUGUGGAUCAAACUGUGUGCAAUAUAAAGCGACCAUCAAGUGAAUCUCAUUCUAAAUGAAUCAAUACAAAUAUUAACUCAAUUAACAAACAAUGCGCUAACCAUACAAUAAUAACAAGACAUAUAUGAAUAAUUUCAAACAAUAUUUCUUAAUUAGUUUGAUUUAACUUAUCUUUUAUUUUAUAAAUUAAUUUUCAACUACGAUGUCAAUCAUUAUUUUAACAUAAACUGAAAAUUAUGUUGGAUAAUUUAAAACAAGAAGCUCAGAAAAUAUCUAAUGUGUCACCUUUGAAACCUUUGAGUUUAGUAGUACAGGCUAAUAUAAUGGCUUGGAAAAAAAAACUAUUUCGAAUACUCAUUUUGUAGACGAUUUUGUAAAUACGAUGAGUUACAAAGAAAACAAUGAGACUGGAUCUAAUCACGCAAAAGAACAAUUUCCUAUGACUAGUAAGUAGAUAAUAACUUAUGCCAAUGAUAUUAGGAUGGAGCGUAUGGAUUUGAGUUUUAGAUCCAUCACAAAAAAUUUGGAAACGAAAUUUUGCACAUUUUUUUUUCAUUUAUUACAAUUUGUAGAUUUGGCUUCAAGUUUUUUAAUAGAUUACAACCCUUUAAUUUUUGCAUAUUGAUUGUUUAACUCAAUUAGUGUUUUUUUCGCCAGUUCCAGUUUCAUUUCUAUGAAAUUAUAUCUAUGUAAUGUGUAUACUAGUUAUGGUUAGCUAUAUAAUUUAUUCUAGUAGUAAACUCUUACAAAAUAAAGAUACGCGAUAUAUGACAAUCCGUACUCGAUUAAAUUCACAUUUUAAACCCAAAUUUCUGUAAAAUGAUGGAGCCUAUUAGCAUUUACAGAAAGUUGAGAAUACGUAAAAACAAUGGUUAAAUUCGAUUGGCAGGUUAUUUCUUAACAACAAAAUAACUUAAAACAUUAAUAGUUUAGAAAUAUGCUAUUUUAAUAGUAUUUUAGUUUAAACAAUAAGUAUAUUUCUUUUUCUAAAUUUUCUAAAUAUGUUACAGAAAACUCAUAUUAACGAUCACAUUUUAUUUAAUGUUAAACUGCAUUAAUUAAUUUGUUAUGUUCACUUGAAAAUACAUUUGUGUUUGAGUGUUUAACCCUUUAUAAAUAUGAGACAAAAUUUCAUUUUAAAAUACCAGAUACAAACAUUUUAAUAUAUUAUAUUAAUAACAUUUGCCACUUAUUUCGAUAACAUUGGCACAAUGGCUCAAACUUCUUCCCAAACUACAAUAGUAUUCAUUGUUGUUGCUUUGAUUUGUGCGUUCGUUCCUGCAUUCUUUGUUGAAGAAGCUGAAGCAAAAUCACUAUGGGAUACAUGUCUUGUUAAAAUCAGUCCAAAAUGUGCGUUGGAUAUAAUUGGUGUUGUCUUUGAAAAUUAAACCAUCACUGAUGCAUGUUGUCAUGAUCUUGUUCAAGAAGGAAAAAUGUGUCACGAUACUCUUAUCAAAUAUAUUGCUGAGAAGCCGCAUUUAGUUGCCCACGAAACAGAGUAUUUGAAGAAAAGUGAUGAUUUGUGGACUCAUUGUGUCUCAAUUUCGCAAACUGCUUACAAACAUGUUAUGCUUGUGAAUUUAAUCGAGUAUGGAUUGUCCAAUAUCGCGUAUCUUUAUUUUGUAAGAAUUUACCACUAGAAGAAAUUAUAUAGCUAAACCAUAACUAGUAUACACAUUAUGUAGAUAUAAUUUCAUAGAAAUGAAACUGGAACUGGCGAAAAAAAAAUAUUUGAGUUAAACAAUUAAUUUGCAAAAAUUAAAGGGUUGUAAUCUAUUAAAAUUUUUGAAGCCAAAUCUACAUAUUGU